AUGAAGUUUUGGAAAUUAUCUUCGUACGUGUUAGCAGCACUCGUUUCUGCCGCUGCCGCAUCUGGCCCAUCCGAUGGCGAUGCCAUUGCUGAUCCAAACUCAGCUGUGGUGAAAUUAACUGCCGCUGAUUACCAAUCUUUCAUUGAUUCCAAUCCGUUGGUUUUGGCGGAAUUUUUCGCCCCAUGGUGUGGAUACUGUAAACAGUUGGCUCCAGAGUUUACCAAGGCUGCCAACUCGCUCAACGAAACCAACCCCAAUAUCAAGUUGGCACAGGUGGAUUGCACAGUUGAAGAGGAAUUGUGUAUGCAACAUGAAAUUAGAGGCUACCCAACAUUGAAGGUGAUCCGUGGCUCUGAAAACAAGCCAGACGACUAUGAUGGUCCAAGAGAGGCCUCUGGUAUUGUAGACUACAUGGUGGCCCAGUCCAAGCCCGCAGUUCAAACCAUCGAGUCUGCUGAUGCUGCCGUUGCUGCCAUCGCCGACCUCAAGAAACCUGCUGUGAUCCAGAUUUUGCCAGCAGACUAUAAGGAGGGCAAACAAAAGGAAAAUUCCACUUACUUCGACGUGGCUCUGGCUCGCAGAAAGGAGUUGACAUUCCUCACAAUUCAGGACUCCGACGCUGUCAAGGCCUUGCAAGACAAAUUCAAGAGCUUGAAGGCCAGUAAGUCUCCCGUGUACAUUGCGAUUCAGCCAGGUGCAGACGACGUAGUACCAUUGGCUGAGAAGUUCUCCAAGGAUGCUUUAGAAAAGUUCAUCACCACAGAGAAGGUUCCUUACUUUGGUGAAAUCAACCGUGAAACCUACUUGGCCUACAUGACGUCUCCAAUCCCUCUCGCCUACUAUUUCUACAACAGUCCAGACCAGAAGGAAGCUUUGGAGAAGACCUUCAAUGACUUGGGUAAGAAGUACCGUGGAAAGCUUAACUUUGUUGGAUUGGACGCCACUUUGUUUGGUCGUCAUGCCGAGAUCUUGAGCAUGGACCCUGAAACCAUUCCCUUGUUCGCUAUCCAAGACGUGGAAGCCAACAAGAAGUACGGUCUCGACCAAAAGAAGAACCCUAACCCUUCAGCUAAGGCCAUUACUAAAUUUGUUGAGGACUUCGUUGCCGGCAAGUUGUCGCCAAUCAUCAAAUCCCAGCCAUUGCCUACUGAAGAAGAAGUUGCUGCCCAGCCUGUUGUCAAGUUGGUGGCCCACAACUACGAAUCUAUCGUCAAGGACACAUCAAAAGAUGUCUUUGUCAAGUAUUACGCCGAAUGGUGUGGUCACUGUAAACAAUUGGCCCCUACCUGGGACGAAUUGGCCAGCAUCUACGACUCGAACAAGCCAGAUGCCAACGUCGUCAUUGCCAAGUUGGAACACCCAGAGAAUGAUGUCGAUGUUCCUGUACCAAUCGAAGGUUACCCAACUAUUUUGUUGUACCCUGCCAACGGUGAAAUUGACGAGAAGACCGGAUUGAGAGUCCCAGUUACUUUCAAUGGUGCUCGUAACCUUGAAGCCUUGAUCGAUUUUGUCAAAGAGAACGGUGGACACAAGGUGGAUGGCCAUGCUUUGAAGGAAGCUAAGGGAGGUGUUGUAGAAGACGAAGAUGACGAAGUGGUUGAGGAGAAGAAGGAAGAACAAGAAGAAAAGGAUGUCGACCACGACGAGUUGUAA